AUGCUUUCUAUACAAGUAGGUCAAUGUGGCAGCCGAAAUGGGCUGAAAUUCUGGGAAAUUUUAGCAAAAGAGCAUGGGAUUGAUGAAAAUGGGCAAUAUAUAGGGAAUUCCAAAGAUCAAUUAUCACAUAUAUGCAGCUAUUUUAACGAAGGUGUAGAUCGAUAUGUCCCACGCACAAUUUUUAUCGAUCUUGAUCCUCGCUCAGAAGACUCUGUUAAGGCUUCUUCAUUAGGGUCUUUAUUUUCACCUGGUAGUUUUUUAUCAGGAAAGGCUGGAGGAAUGAAUAAUUUUGCUAUAGGAUAUUACAUUGACGGAUCAGAAUUAAUUGACCCGUUUCUUGAUAUUGUAAGACAUGAAGCAGAAAAAUCUGACAUUUUUAUAGGAGCUCAGCUUGCAUUCUCUGUAGGAGGUGGUAGUGGCUCUGGGAUUGGUGCAAAUGCCUUAAGGGUGCUAAAAGAAGAGCAUUUUGGGUGUUUGUUCCAAAGCUCAAUUGUUUUGCCUUCCCCUAAGGUUUCUGAUAUUGUUAUAGAGCCUUACAAUGCUGUUUUAGCUUUACAUAAAAUUUGUGAAUAUCCCAGGCUCAAUUUAUUAUACGAUAACGAAGCAUUACAUUACAUUAGAAUUUAUAUCGCUUAACGUCCACUACGGGGUUACAACUCCAGGUUUAUCACUCGCCUUUCGUCGCAUCGGGCCCACCAGUCUGCUGGAGACAAACUCGCUUCGAUCACCAGGGUGCUUCUGGGGCAAAUGUCCACGUCUUCGACGGCUCAUGGAUGAGCUACUUGCUCGUACAUGGGUUGCUUUUCCGAAAAACCCAAAAAAUGGAUUUUUCUGGUCGGCUAUCGGCAAAAAGGAAAAAUGCAAAGCCUGGGACGUAACGCCCAGUUUCACGCUAGGGAGUUGCCCGAAUGUCCAGAGGACUUUGCUGGGCUUCCCCUUUCCAACCUUGCACCCUCCUUCCCCACGAGGAAAAAUCCACCUCUGAGAAUAGACUAGGGCUAGGCUCUGAAAGCUACCAGAAUUGCUUACCUAGCAUUGCUGUCCAUCUCUGAAAUGGUAAAACCUUGCCGGAUAUAAUUAAAAUAUGAGUCGAGGCUGCAUGGCCGGGAGGCCAUGCCCAGACGAAGACGCCAUAUUUUAAUUAUAUAUACGAUAACGAAGCAUUGCAUGAUAUUUGUACAAGAAAUUUCAAUAACAUGAAGCCAACCUAUGCAGAUUUAAAUAGAAUUAUAUCAGCCUCAAUGGUUAAUCUGUCAAGCACAAUGAGAUUUCCAAGCCAAAUUUCAGGUGGCUUGAGAAAAAUCGCUACCAAUUUAAUCCCGUUCCCAAGGUUAAAUUUCUUAUCACCUUCUCUGUCCCCAUUGGAAAAAUUUCAAAAUUACCAACCUACCCAAUUUGAAAUUAUCCAAAAAUUAUUUAAUCCCGAAAACUGGCUAAUUUCCCAUGACUUACAUUGAGGAAUGACUUAUGCAGCCGCCCUCAUCCUACGAGGCGAUUUUUCUCCUCAGAAAACCAUUGAAGAGCUUAACAACAUAAAAUACCAAAACGACUACUAUUUUGACUGAAUUUCUGACAACUUUUUUACAGCCAUUUGCAACACCCCAUCAUUAGACUGAAAAAUGAGUGCUUCAAUGCUGACUAAUUCUACCUAUAUUUCUAAGAUUUUGAACAACAUAGUAGAUGCCUUUACCGAGAUGUUCAGGAAAAAGGCAUAUUUGCAUUGAUAUACACAAGAAGGGAUGGAUGAAAUGGAAUUUGUGGAGGCUGAGUCAGAUUUAUUAGACCUUAUUUCGCAAUAUUCAGAGAUGGAUGGGGCGGAUUUUGGGGAUGAGGAAGACUAUGAGGAUGAGGAAUAA